GGCGCGGAGAUGGCGGCGGUCGGGCGGCAGCGGGAGCUGGACAACGGUUCCUUGGAAAUAACACAGAGUUUAGAAGAUGAUCCUCUACUGGAUGCGCCGCUUAUUUCAUCUCAUGCAUUGCAUUCUCAACUGAGGCCAAGAUUUCGCGCUAUCCCAGCAGUCCUCCUUGCCAAUUUUCUGUUGUUCAUACAUGUUGCUUUUGUUGUUCUAGCAUUUUUAGCAGCUAUGUUUUGUUCUUACCCCAAUCCAAAUCAGGAUAAGUGCCCUGGAAACUAUACUCAUCCACUUAAAGUGCAGACUGUCAUAAUUAUUGCCAAAGUAAUUUUAUGGAUUCUGCAUGUUUUUUUUGAACGAUAUAUCCAGCACCACCACAAUAAAGUCAGAAGCAGAGGUUACUUCUCAAUCUAUCGAUCAACAAGACAUCUAAAAAGGCUUCCACUGGUGAUACACUCCACAGGAAAUGCAGCCCUGCUUUUGAUUCUGUCUGUCCAGCAUUCGUUUCCCGAUCACAGUAAAGUAUACCUGUAUCUUAUCCUGGGAGUCCUGGGCCUGGAGCUGAUUAGUUCACUGACGUGCUUAGUGAUUUACACAGUGAAAAUAAGCAACUUCAAUCGUGCAAAGCCAAGACCUGAUAUAAUUGAAGAAGAAAAGAUGUAUGCUUACCCCAGUCACAUUACCUCAGAAACGGGAUUCAGGGAAAAUUCAAGUUUAGAAGAGAUUGUUGAGAAGCAAGGAGAUGUAAUUGAGUAUCUUCAGCGACACAAUGCACUGCUUAGCAAGAGAUUGUUGGCACUAACAUCACAGCAAAUCAGAACUUAAAAGCGUUUGGAAAACUGCUGCUGCUGCAGUUCAAGAGGGAAUAUAAAGCAACCCAAGUUGUACAGAUGACUUGACUUCAUGAGAUGACUCAUUGUGGAAGUAUGAGUUCUACAUCUACUGUAAACAUGUUACAACUGGAUGUGUUCUGGCGCUACCCCAUGCACACCCCUCCUGCGCCCCCUCCCAGCAUCAAUUCUGAAAAGAGAUUCUGGAGGUUUGAGGAUUUUUAAUUCCUAAUAGCUUGAAGUUGGACCAGAUGUAAUGGUUUAACUUUCUUCAGUUGUUGCUGUUAUUUAGCACUGUUGUAACCUUUAAGCUUCAAACUACCAAAGUAUUUUAUAUUUCUAGAACACAAGCUGUUUUCUAGAAAAUAAAUUUUGCAGAGAGUGUCUUCUCAGUUGAAAUCUGCAGUGUCUGGAGCUGAGGCUAGGUAUGUUCUGUCACCAAGUCCUGUUGCUUCUAGUUAGUAGAAGUGAUGUACCUCAGUAAUCCUAUACAAAGUAGUUACUUGGUUUCUAGAUCUGUCUUGUUUUCUCCUUUGUCAAAAAAAUGACACUGUAGCUUAUGCUAGUGGGGGAAAUUUGGCAUCCAAUUUAUGACUCCUUGAAAAAAGCACACUGGGUGCCCUAGAAUGGCAGAUCUCACAUGUGAAUGUGCAGUAGGUAACAAUGUCAUGAUAAGCAAUUUGAACAGCUGUUCAGAAUUCUGGCUUUAAAACCCCUAAAAGGAAUCUCCAGGGCUGUUGGUGUUUCUGUUGUUAGAACUUUGUGUUAGUUAAUACUGAACAGGACUCUUACUUUACAUAUUGAACUAAAUUGAGGCAAAAAUAUUUUAAAAACUUUAUAUUAAACUAGUAACCAACUCAUGUUGAACAGACCUAACUUAGAAUUGUGCAAUAUGAAGUUAGAUCCUGUUACAGAUUCUAUUACAGUUACAUACAUGUUGACUCUGUACUUUGACUCAUCAAAAAUGUCAGCAUCCUGAUGCUAAAAUAAUCCACAUGGGUGGCAAAAACUUUAGUAGAAUUGAAAAUCUGUGUUUCUCAAGCUUCCAGGAUGCUUUUCCAUUUCAUGGAUUUAUUGGAAAGGCUAGUCUUCCACCUUGAAUCUUGUUGUCUCUGAUAGCAAUAGUAUGUGCCUGCCCACCUGUUCUCCUCCUUCACUGGUAAAAGAACCCUUCUGUUCUCAGUACUACUUUGUCUACCAAUGUAGACCAAGCCUGGGGAGAAUGGAUGAUCAUUGGUCAAAAAAGGAAGAAGGCUCAGAUUAGGAAUGGUCUUGUAGAAAUACAGAAAAAUCAGAAGAAAUGAAUCCAUUUGAUUUUGAUCCUGGGACAUAUCUUUAGAAAUCAGUUGUAUACCUGUUUAGUGUUUAACAAACACUGGAGCUGGCUGGCUUGAAGGAAAACAAUAAGUUUUGGAGACUGCUGCUAUUCAACACUAAACUCUAUUCCCCUUUAACUGUUGUUUCUUGAAAAUGCAGCCAGGAUUUUAUAAAAACUUGUGAGGAAUACAAAUAUUUUUGGUUUUAGAACUCAGGUUUUGAUGUGACUGUGAAUAUCAAUUUCUAUAAUUUGUAUGAAAAGCAGUGAAUGUGAAGUUUAUGCACAAUAAAUGCAACUAAGUAAGAGCGUGAA